ACCAGCACCAACAACGACGCCUACAACACAUACCGCACCAUGUCAAUACCAGAACUAACCCAAGAGGAAAUGGACGUAGUAAUCUACGAUGCCAGAGUAGGCGAUCUCGAGACGCUCGAAGAGAUCUUUGCCGAAAUUCCGCCACUCACACUACUCAAUAUCAAAGAUGACAUAACCCUUUCUACCCCUUUACACAUGGCGUGCGCCAACGGCCAUUUCGACACCGUCAAAUACUUGCUAUCCAUACUCCCCAAAGAGGAUGCAGUCAACUGGAUCAAAGCCAAGAAUGAAAGCGGCAAUACUGCCUUGCAUUGGGCUGGAUAUAACGGACAUUUGGAGAUUGUCAAAUUGUUGAUUGACGAAUAUGAAGGGGAUGUAUUUAUUAAGAAUGAUGCUGGUCAUGAUGUGUUGUACGAAGUCGAGAGCAACGGACAAGAAGAAGUGGAGAAUUGGUUAUUGAAGAAGUUUGCCAUUGAAGAAACUGUUAAUGAAGACGGAGACACCAAGAUUACAUAUACUGCUGGUACUGAGAGUAAAUUGGCAGAUGAACAGGCCAGAGAUGCGCUGUUCAAGUCAGCCACUCCUGAAGUGCCUGAGGAUCUUGAUAAAAAGACCGACAAGUUAUCGUUAGAGUAGAUAGAAAGUACAUAGUAAUUACACCACAUAGCGCAACAGCAAUAGUAACAGUCGUGUACUUUG